UUCUCCCUCACCUCGUCACCUCAUUCCAGCCUUGCUGCUGUUCUAGAAUUUCUUCGCUGCUAUCUAGAUUCCUGUGUAUAUUCUGUAUUCUGUUCAUACCUGUGCCGCCAUCGUUGACAUCCCACCACCUCUCCGUCACUGCGAUCGCCAUGAUUUGAAAUCAUCGCUCAGCAACGUGGAUGUCUUCUAGCCAUCGACUGAUACAGAACUACCGAUCAUGGCAACGCUGGCUACCUCCCCUCCAUCGUCGCCUUCAUGGCCCAAACGACGCCCCCGGGCAUGGGCUCUCCGCAUUGAACGCUAUUGCUGCACCGCGGCAUCUUUCUUCCCCUUGGCCUUUGUCUACAGCUUGACGACAUGGGCGGUCUAUGUCGAGGCCAGUGUGGGCUUCAAGCCGUGCGACAGUGCUUGGAUUGGUCUACCCAGUUCCCUCCUCGGAAUCAUCCUCUACAUCUGCCUUAAUGCCUGCUAUAGUGUCGCCGUUUUCACCGAUCCCGGAUCCCCCCUCACGCCGAGCGGCCGCGGUCGACACGAAUACAGCGCGCUCCCGGUCACCGAGUUACCACAGUAUACCGCCUACACAGUGAGUUCGACCGGCGGAUCUCGGUUCUGCAAGAAAUGCCAGUGCCCGAAACCGGACCGGGCGCAUCACUGCUCGACGUGCAAGCGCUGCGUGCUGAAAAUGGACCACCACUGUCCGUGGCUGGCGACCUGUGUGGGGUUGUACAAUUACAAGGCGUUCCUGUUGUUCCUGAUAUACACGUCGAUCUUCUGCUGGGUGGAUUUCUUCGUGGCGGCGCUGUGGAUUUGGACGGAAAUGCUGGACGACAGUAAAUACAUCGACGUGGAUAAGAUGCUGCCGAUUAAUGUGGUGCUGUUGGCGGUGCUGGGCGGAAUCAUCGGGCUGGUACUGUCAGGGUUUACGGUCUGGCAUAUUAGCCUGGCGCUACGGGGUAUCACGACGAUUGAGUGUCUGGAGAAGACGCGGUAUGUGUCGCCAUUGCGGAAAGCGCUGGAUCGCCACCGCUACGACCAGCUGCUGGGAAGUGAGGGAGGCGAUCGGGAGGGAUUGAGCCACCGGCUACAGGACUACGGGGGACAGAUCCUCGAUGCCCAUGCCAACGCGAUCCCAGGAGUGACCCGGCCUGAAGAGGGGGAAGAAGAGAUUUUGCCCGGUCAGUCCGAGACUCGGAUGACGCCGGCCCAGCAGUCGCUAUCGCGGUCGUAUGCGGAGAUGGAGCGACAGCGCGAGCACGACCGGUACCAAAAUUACCUGGACGAGGAGGACAGUGAAAAGAUGCCGCACGCGUUCGACCUGGGAUGGCGACGCAACCUGCGGCAUUUGUUCGGCGACCGUCCGCUGCUGUGGCCGGUGCCGGUUUGUACGACCUCGGGCGAUGGCUGGCACUGGGAGCCGAGCGUGAAGUUCAUGGAAGCCCGCGAUCGGGUGCGACAGCGCCGGGAGGAAGAUGCCGCGCGGCAGCAGCAAUACCAGCGAGAUCUGUACCAGCGGAAUAUGAACAACAGCCAAGCGUGGGCGGGAACGGAUCGGGCAGCGACCUGGACGCCGAGCCAGCCACUGGACGUGGUACGCGACCCGGAGCGGCCUGACACGGGCGUAUCGAUGAAGACGCUACCUCCGAUGUCACCGCGCCCACGACCGGGCGAGGUGGUGAGCGAUGAGGAGGAGGCGGGGGAGGCGGGGGGCAGUCGGGGCCAAGGGGAAGACGAAUGGCGGAACUGGGAUUAGAGGCGGGGAAUAUAGGCCACGGUAAAUAUGUACAUGUAUAGUUAGCACGGAGUAAGGUGUUGAUAAUUGAUGAAUGAUGCGCCAUGGCAUGUAUGCCUGAAUUGGAAGGCAGCAACCCAGAGGCCAACUGGCCUCCCCUCAUACUGAC